ACAACUAUACAACCCAACUACCUAUUUGAUUUGGAUAAUACCAAUUGGAUCCUCCUCCUCUCCCAUCACCUUUCCAUCAUCUUCAAGACUGUUAUACCUCUCGACUCGGUUGUCUGAACUUUUUUUUCUUGAAAAACAACAAAACACCAAGCACACGAAACCAUGAUGCUCCGAACAUCGCGACCUCUUAUGGGCACUGCGCAAAGGCUGCCACUCCUGGUCCGCUCCACCCACACAAAGUCCUUCAACAGCCCUAUUGCGCCACUUGUAGCCCGCAAUGCGCAACUCCAAAAGUCUGCGGGCUCCCCGUUGGUGUUCCGGUCGACCUUCUCUUCCAAGCCUCCACUUCAGCCCAACCACAUCGAUACGCAGCACGAAAAGGAAUUGGCCCAGCAAAAGCUCAAGGCAGACCCAGAGCACGUCUCCGCAGACUCCUCAGUCCGUCCUUUUGUUGAGCAGGACCAACCUACCGCAGCCAAGGCAAAGGAUCCAACCGAAAGUCUAAAAGAUGACUUGGGUCUUGUCAAGGACACAUUGGCACUCAAGACCGUUCCUCGAGAGACCUACGCCCUCGGUUUUGCCGGCACUAUCCCUUACCUAGCCACUUCUCUUUCGACCGUCUACCUCUCCUGGAACCUCCACCAGAGGUACCCUUCCGAAUCCGACUUCCUCAACACCAUCCUGUUCAGACAUGAGACAGCCAAAGACCUGCUUGACAUCAUUGAACCCAUCCAGGUGGGCUAUGGUGCGGUGCUCAUCUCUUUCCUCGGUGCCAUUCACUGGGGUCUAGAGUAUGCCGAGAAGACUCCUUCACUUGCUCGCACCCGCUUUCGGUACGGCAUGGGCCUGUUGGCACCCAUCAUUGCUUGGCCCACCACGUUUAUGCCGAUCCAAUGGGCCCUGACCACACAGUUCCUUGCCUUCACCGGGCUCUACUAUGCCGAUUCCCGCGCGACCGUCAAGGGAUGGGCACCCUCGUGGUAUGCCACCUACCGUUUUGUCCUGACGGGCAUCGUCGGUGUCGCUCUCUUUAUCAGCAUCCUUGGUCGUAUUAAGGUCGGCGAGACCCAUGCUCGCCUUAGCACUGAAGAGCUGAAGGAUCUUGUAAGCUACAAGCAUGAAUCCGACAAGCCUUACCACGACUGGGAAAAGGAGGAAGCCGAGGAGAGGAAGAGAAUCAAGAAGGAGAAGCAGGAGGAAGAGAAGAGGAAGAAGGAAGAGGAGGCCAAGAAGAAGCAGGAGGAAAAGGUCGACAAGCAAAAGACCAAGGGCAGCUCCGACAUGAAGGAGAAGUCGGAAAACAAGGGUGACGUGGACAGCAAGAAGGAAGGUGACAAGAACGUCAACCCCGACAGCAAGAAGUCACCUGCUGACAAGAGUGACAAGAGUGAGGAUGACAAGAGCAAGGAGGAGUGAGGGGGCUGCAAUUUCUCUUA